CCGUUGACUCACUCAGUGUUGGGAUCACUCACUUUCCCCUUACAGGACUCUGAUCUUGGAGGCAUUUGGCUUCAGAGAAAAACGAAUAGGAAAAACUGAAUUGUUAUGUUUUAAAAGGCUGCUGAAGUUGGUUGAUUUCUCAUCAUUCCUAAACCUAUCGGAGCACCUAAGUUGGGAGCAAAUUUACCAAGAUAUUUGUUGCUGCGGUGAUACUUUUUUUUUUCCCCAAAUGCUUUGGUGGGAAGAAGUAGACGAGUGUUAUGAAAGAGAAGAUGUUCAAAAGAAAACAUUCACAAAAUGGAUAAAUGCACAGUUUUCUAAGUUUGGGAAGCAGCACAUAGAGAACCUCUUCAGUGACCUACAGGAUGGGAGACGCCUCCUAGAUCUUCUGGAAGGCCUGACAGGGCAAAAACUGCCAAAAGAAAAAGGAUCCACAAGAGUUCAUGCCCUGAACAAUGUCAACAAGGCACUGCGCGUCUUGCAGAAAAAUAAUGUUGAUUUAGUGAAUAUUGGAAGCACUGACAUAGUAGAUGGAAAUCACAAACUGACUCUUGGUUUGAUUUGGAAUAUAAUCCUCCACUGGCAGGUCAAAAAUGUAAUGAAAAAUAUCAUGGCUGGAUUGCAACAAACCAACAGUGAAAAGAUUCUCCUGAGCUGGGUCCGACAAUCAACUCGUAAUUAUCCACAGGUUAAUGUCAUUAACUUCACCACCAGCUGGUCUGAUGGUCUGGCUUUAAAUGCUCUCAUCCACAGUCAUAGGCCAGACUUGUUUGAUUGGAACAGUGUGGUUUGCCAGCAGUCAGCCACACAACGACUGGAACAUGCGUUCAACAUUGCCAAAUACCAAUUAGGCAUAGAGAAACUGCUGGAUCCUGAAGAUGUUGCUACCACUUAUCCAGAUAAGAAGUCCAUCUUAAUGUAUGUCACAUCACUCUUCCAAGUUUUGCCUCAACAAGUGAGCAUUGAAGCCAUCCAGGAAGUGGAAAUGUUGCCAAGGCCAUCAAAAGUUACUAGAGAGGAACACUUUCAAUUACAUCAUCAAAUGCACUAUUCUCAACAGAUCACAGUCAGUCUAGCACAGGGCUAUGAACGAACUCCUUCCUCUCCUAAGCCUCGGUUCAAGAGCUAUGCCUACACACAGGCUGCUUAUGUCACCACCUCUGACCCCACAAGGAGCCCACUUCCUUCACAGCACUUGGAAACUCCUGAUGAUAUUGGCCGUUCAUCAAUGGAGACUGAGGUAACCCUGGACAGUUACCAAACAGCUUUAGAAGAAGUACUCUCAUGGCUUCUUUCUGCUGAGGACACAUUGCAAGCCCAAGGAGAGAUUUCUAAUGAUGUAGAAGAAGUGAAAGAACAAUUUCAUACUCACGAGGGGUACAUGAUGGAUUUGACAUCUCAUCAGGGACGAGUUGGUAAUGUUCUACAACUGGGAAGUCAACUGAUUGGAACAGGGAAAUUAUCAGAAGAUGAAGAAACCGAAGUACAAGAACAAAUGAAUCUCCUAAAUUCAAGAUGGGAAUGCCUCAGGGUAGCUAGCAUGGAAAAACAGAGCAACUUACAUAAAGUUCUAAUGGAUCUUCAGAAUCAGCAACUGAAAGAGUUAAAUGAUUGGCUAACUAAAACAGAAGAGAGAACAAGGAAAAUGGAGAAAGAGCCCCUUGGACCUGAUAUUGAAGAUCUAAAACGCCAAGUACAACAACAUAAGGUGCUUCAAGAAGACCUAGAACAGGAACAAGUCAGGGUCAAUUCUCUCACUCACAUGGUGGUGGUGGUCGAUGAAUCUGGUGGAGACCAAGCAACUGCUGCUUUGGAAGAACAGCUUAAGGUACUGGGAGAUAGAUGGGCAAACAUCUGUAGAUGGACAGAAGAUCGCUGGGUUCUUUUACAAGACAUCCUCCUGAAAUGGCAGCGUUUUACCGAAGAACAGUGCCUUUUUAGUGCAUGGCUUUCAGAAAAAGAAGAUGCAUUGAACAAGAUUCACACAACUGGCUUUAAGGAUCAAAGUGAAAUGUUAUCAAGUCUUCAAAAACUGGCUGUUUUAAAAACAGAUUUAGAAAAGAAAAAGCAAACCAUGGACAAACUCUGUUCACUCAACCAAGAUCUUCUUUCAACCCUGAAAAACACGUUGGUAGCCCAAAAGAUGGAAGCAUGGCUGGACAACUUUGCCCAGCGUUGGGAUAAUUUAGUCCAAAAACUUGAAAAAAGUUCUGCACAGAUUUCACAGGCUGUCCCCACCACUCAGCCAUCACUAACACAGACAACUGUAAUGGAAACGGUAACUAUGGUGACCACAAGGGAGCAAAUUCUGGUAAAGCAUGCCCAAGAGGAACUGCCACCACCACCUCCCCAAAAGAAGAGGCAGAUUAUUGUGGAUUCCGAAAUUAGGAAAAGGUUGGAUGUCGAUAUAACUGAACUUCACAGUUGGAUUACUCGUUCAGAAGCUGUGUUGCAGAGUCCUGAAUUUGCAAUCUAUCGGAAGGAAGGCAACUUCUCAGACCUUAAAGAAAAAGUCAAUGCCAUAGAGCGAGAAAAAGCGGAGAAGUUCAGAAAACUGCAAGAUGCCAGCAGAUCAGCUCAGGCCCUGGUGGAACAGAUGGUGAAUGAGGGUGUUAAUGCUGACAGCAUCAAACAAGCCUCGGAACAACUGAACAGCCGGUGGAUAGAGUUCUGCCAAUUGCUAAGUGAGAGACUUAACUGGCUGGAGUAUCAGAACAACAUCAUCGCUUUCUAUAAUCAGCUACAACAAUUGGAGCAGAUGACAACUACUGCUGAAAACUGGUUGAAAACCCAACCUACCACCACAUCAGAGCCAACAGCAAUCAAAAGCCAGUUGAAAAUUUGUAAGGAUGAAGUCAACCGGCUUUCAGUUCUUCAGCCUCAAAUCGAGCGAUUAAAAAUUCAAAGCAUAGCCCUGAAAGAGAAAGGACAAGGGCCAAUGUUCCUGGAUGCAGACUUUGUGGCCUUUACAAAUCAUUUUAACCAAGUCUUUGCUGAUGUGCAGGCCAGAGAAAAAGAGCUACAGACAAUUUUUGACACAUUGCCACCCAUGCGCUAUCAGGAGACCAUGAGUACCAUCCUGACGUGGAUCCAGCAGUCAGAAAGCAAACUCUCUAGACCUCAGGUUACUGUCACUGAAUAUGACAUCAUGGAGCAGAGACUUGAAGAGUUACAGGCUUUACAAAGUUCCCUGCAAGAGCAACAAAGUGGCCUAAACUAUCUCAGCACCACUGUGAAAGAGAUGUCAAGGAAAGCACCAUCUGAUAUUAGCCGGAAGUACCAGACGGAAUUUGAAGAGAUUGAGGGCCGCUGGAAGAAGCUGUCCUCUCAGCUGUCUGAGCAUUGCCAAAAGCUAGAGGAGCAAAUGGCAAAACUUCGAAAAAUUCAGAAUCACAUCAAAACUCUGAAGAAGUGGAUGGCUGAAGUUGAUGUUUUCCUGAAGGACGAGUGGCCUGCCCUCGGGGACUCAGAAAUUCUGAAAAAACAGCUGAAACAGUGCAGGCUUUUAGUCAAUGAUAUUCAGACAAUUCAGCCCAGUCUCAACAGUGUCAAUGAAGGUGCACAGAAGAUAAAGAAUGAAGCAGAGCCAGAGUUUGCUUGCAGACUUGAGACAGAGCUCAGAGAACUGAACACUCAGUGGGAUUACGUAUGCCGACAGGUCUAUGCCAGAAAGGAAGCUUUAAAGGGAGGUUUGGAUAAAACUGUAAGUCUUCAGAAAGAUCUGUCAGAGAUGCACGAAUGGAUGACGCAAGCUGAAGAAGAAUACCUAGAGAGAGAUUUUGAAUAUAAAACCCCAGACGAAUUACAGACUGCAGUUGAAGAGAUGAAGAGAGCUAAGGAAGAGGCCCAGCAAAAAGAAGCAAAAGUGAAACUCCUUACCGAGUCCGUCAAUAGUGUCAUAGCUGAGGCUCCCCCUGCAGCACGAGAGGCCUUACAGAAGGAACUUGACACUCUAACCACCAACUACCAGUGGCUCUGCACCAGGCUCAAUGGAAAAUGCAAGACCUUGGAAGAAGUUUGGGCGUGCUGGCACGAAUUAUUGUCAUACUUGGAGAAGGCAAACAAGUGGCUAAAUGAAGUAGAAUUCAAACUUAAAACCACGGAAAAUAUUCCUAGUGGAGCUGAGGAAAUCUCUGAGGUGCUGGAUUCACUUGAAAAUUUGAUGCAACAUUCAGAGGAUAACCCGAAUCAGAUUCGCAUAUUGGCACAGACCCUAACAGAUGGUGGAGUCAUGGAUGAACUGAUCAAUGAGGAACUUGAGACGUUUAAUUCUCGUUGGAGAGAACUACAUGAAGAGGCUGUGAGGAGGCAAAAGUUGCUUGAACAGAGUAUCCAGUCUGCCCAGGAGAUCGAAAAAUCCUUGCACUUAAUUCAGGAGUCCCUCUCAUCCAUUGACAAGCAGUUGGCAGCUUAUAUUGCUGACAAAGUGGACGCAGCUCAGAUGCCUCAGGAAGCCCAGAAAAUCCAAUCAGAUUUGACAAGUCAUGAGAUCAGUUUAGAAGAAAUGAAGAAACAUUACCAGGGAAAGGAGACUGCCCAAAGGGUGCUGUCCCAAAUCGAUGUGGCCCAGAAAAAGUUGCAAGAUGUUUCCUUGAAGUUUCGAUUAUUCCAGAAGCCAGCCAAUUUUGAGCAGCGUCUACAGGAAAGUAAGAUGAUUUUAGAUGAAGUGAAGAUGCAUUUGCCUGCGUUGGAAACAAAGAGCGUGGAACAGGAAGUAGUACAGUCACAGUUAAAUCAUUGUGUGAACUUGUAUAAAAGUCUGAGUGAAGUGAAGUCUGAAGUGGAAAUGGUGAUAAAAACUGGACGUCAGAUUGUACAGAAGAAACAGACAGAAAACCCUAAAGAACUUGAUGAAAGAGUCACGGCUUUGAAAUUACAUUAUAAUGAGCUGGGAGCAAAGGUGACGGAAAGAAAGCAACAGUUGGAAAAAUGCUUGAAAUUGUCCCGUAAGAUGCGAAAGGAAAUGAAUGCCCUGACAGAAUGGCUGGCAGCUACAGAUAUGGAAUUGACGAAGAGAUCAGCAGUUGAAGGAAUGCCUAGUAAUUUGGAUUCUGAAGUUGCCUGGGGAAAGGCUACUCAGAAAGAGAUUGAGAAACAGAAGGUUCACCUAAAGAGUGUCACAGAGCUAGGAGAGGCCUUGAAAACGGUUUUGGGCAAGAAGGAGGCCUUGGUGGAAGAUAAACUGAGUCUUCUGAAUAGUAACUGGAUAGCUGUCACUUCCCGAGCAGAAGAGUGGUUAAACCUUUUGCUGGAAUACCAGAAACACAUGGAAAACUUUGACCAGAAUGUGGAUUACAUCACAAACUGGAUCAUUCAGGCUGAUGCACUUUUGGAUGAAUCUGAGAAAAAGAAACCUCAGCAAAAAGAAGACAUACUUAAGCGUUUAAAGGCUGAAAUGAAUGACAUGCGCCCAAAGGUGGAUUCCACGCGAGACCAAGCAGCAAACCUGAUGGCAAACCGCGGCGACCACUGCAGGAAAGUAGUAGAGCCCAAAAUCUCAGAGCUCAACCAUCGAUUUGCAGCCAUUUCUCACAGAAUUAAGACUGGAAAGGCCUCCAUUCCUUUGAAGGAAUUGGAGCAGUUUAACUCAGAUAUACAAAAAUUGCUUGAACCACUGGAGGCUGAAAUUCAGCAGGGGGUGAAUCUGAAAGAGGAAGACUUCAAUAAAGAUAUGAGUGAAGACAAUGAGGGUACUGUAAAAGAAUUGUUGCAAAGAGGAGACAACUUACAACAAAGAAUCACAGAUGAGAGAAAGCGAGAGGAAAUAAAGAUAAAACAGCAGCUGUUACAGACAAAACAUAAUGCUCUCAAGGAUUUGAGGUCUCAAAGAAGAAAAAAGGCUCUAGAAAUUUCUCACCAGUGGUAUCAGUACAAGAGGCAGGCUGAUGAUCUCCUGAAAUGCUUGGAUGACAUUGAAAAAAAAUUAGCCAGCCUACCUGAACCCAGAGAUGAAAGGAAAAUAAAGGAAAUUGAUCGUGAAUUGCAGAAGAAGAAAGAGGAGCUGAAUGCAGUGCGUAGGCAAGCUGAGGGCUUGUCUGAGGAUGGGGCCGCAAUGGCAGUGGAGCCAACUCAGAUCCAGCUCAGCAAGCGCUGGCGGGAAAUUGAGAGCAAAUUUGCUCAGUUUCGAAGACUCAACUUUGCACAAAUUCACACAGUCCAUGAAGAAUCGAUGAUGGCGAUGACUGAAGAAAUGCCUUUGGAAAUUUCUUAUGUGCCUUCUACUUACCUGACUGAGAUCACUCACGUCUCGCAAGCCCUGUCAGAAGUGGAACAACUUCUUAAUGCUCCUGACCUCCGUGCUAAAGACUUCGAAGAUCUCUUUAAACAAGAGGAGUCUCUGAAGAACAUAAAAGACAGCCUGCAACAAAUCUCAGGUCGGAUUGACAUCAUUCACAAUAAGAAGGCAGCAGCCUUGCACAGUGCCACUCCUGCAGAAAGGGCAAAGCUGCAGGAAGCUCUCUCACGGCUCGAUUUCCAAUGGGAAAGAGUGAACAAAAUGUACAAGGACCGACAAGGGCGAUUUGACAGAUCUGUGGAAAAGUGGCGGCGGUUUCAUUAUGAUAUGAAGAUACUUAAUCAAUGGCUAACAGAAGCUGAACAGUUUCUCAAAAAGACACAGAUUCCUGAGAAUUGGGAACAUGCCAAAUACAAAUGGUGUCUUAAGGAACUCCAGGAUGGCAUCGGGCAGCGGCAAACUGUUGUCAGGAUAUUGAAUGCAACUGGGGAAGAAAUAAUUCAACAGUCCUCAAAAACAGAUGCCAGUAUUUUACAAGAAAAACUGGGAAGCCUGAAUCUGCGGUGGCAGGAGGUCUGCAAACAGCUGGCAGAGAGGAAAAAGAGGCUAGAGGAACAAAAAAAUAUCUUGUCAGAAUUUCAAAGGGAUGUAAAUGAAUUUGUUUUAUGGUUGGAAGAAGCAGACAGCGUUGCUAAUAUUCCACUUGAACCUGGGAAUGAGCAGCAGCUAAAACAAAAACUUGAACAAGUCAAGUUACUGGCGGAAGAGUUGCCCCUUCGCCAGGGGAUUCUAAAACAAUUAAAUGAAGCCGGAGGAACAGUGCUUGUAAGUGCUCCCAUAAGCCCAGAAGAGCAAGAUAAACUUGAAAAUAAGCUCAAGCAGACAAAUCUUCAGUGGAUAAAGGUUUCUAGAAAUUUGCCUGAGAAACAAGGAGAAAUUGAGGCACACAUAAAAGACCUUGGACAGCUUGAAGAGCAGUUAAAUCAUCUGCUUCUGUGGCUGGCUCCUAUUAGAAAUCAGUUGGAAAUUUACAGUCAACCAAAUCAAACAGGACCGUUUGACCUUAAGGAAAUUGAAGUAGCAGUUCAAGCUAAACAGCCGGAUGUGGAAGGGAUUUUGUCUAAAGGGCAGCAUUUGUACAAGGAAAAACCAGCCGCUGAGCCAGUGAAGAGAAAGGUUGAAGAUCUGAGCUCUGAUUGGAAGGCAGUAACCCACUUACUUCAAGAGCUCAAGGCAAAGCAGCCUGGCCCAGCUCCCAGACUGACCGCCGUUGGAGCCGCUCCUAGUCAGACUGUUACUCUGGUGACACAACCCGUGGUUUCCAAGGAAACUGCCAUCUCCAAACUAGAAAUGCCAUCUUCCUUGCUGUUGGAGGUGCCUGCUCUGGCAGAUUUCAACCGAGCUUGGACAGAACUUACCGACUGGCUGUCUCUGCUGGAUCGAGUUAUAAAAUCACAGAGGGUGAUGGUGGGUGAUCUUGAAGACAUCAACGAAAUGAUCAUCAAGCAGAAGGCAACACUGCAGGAUUUGGAACAGAGGCGCCCCCAGUUGGAAGAACUCAUUACCGCCGCCCAGAAUUUGAAAAACAAGACCAGCAAUCAAGAGGCUAGAACCAUCAUUACCGAUCGAAUUGAAAGAAUUCAGAGUCAGUGGGAUGAAGUACAGGAGCACCUUCAGAACCGGAGGCAGCAGUUGAAUGAAAUGUUAAAGGAUUCCACACAAUGGCUGGAAGCUAAAGAAGAAGCUGAGCAGGUGCUGGGGCAGGCCAGAGCCAAGCUGGAGUCAUGGAAGGAGACUCCCUACACAAUGGAUGCGAUCCAAAAGAAAAUCACAGAAACCAAGCAGUUGGCCAAAGACCUCCGCCAGUGGCAGAUAAAUGUAGAUGUUGCAAAUGAUUUGGCCCUGAAACUUCUCCGGGAUUAUUCUUCAGAUGAUACGAGAAAAGUACACAUGAUAACAGAGAACAUCAAUGCCUCUUGGGCAAGCAUUCAUAAAAGAGUGAGUGAGCGAGAGGCUGCUCUGGAAGAAACCCAUAGAUUGCUACAGCAGUUCCCCCUCGACCUGGAGAAAUUCCUUGCCUGGCUUACAGAGGCUGAAACAACUGCCAACGUGCUGCAGGAUGCCACCCAUAAGGAAAGGCUCCUGGAAGAUUCCAAGGGAGUAAGAGAGCUGAUGAAACAAUGGCAAGACCUCCAAGGAGAAAUCGAAGCUCACACAGAUAUCUAUCACAACCUGGAUGAAAAUGGCCAAAAAGUCCUGAGAUCCCUGGAAGGUUCUGAUGACGCAGCCCUGUUGCAAAGACGUUUGGAUACCAUGAACUUCAAGUGGAGUGAGCUUCGGAAGAAGUCUCUCAACAUUAGGUCUCAUUUGGAAGCCAGUUCUGACCAGUGGAAACGUCUGCACCUCUCUCUUCAGGAGCUUCUGGUGUGGCUACAGCUGAAAGAUGACGAGUUAAGCCGGCAGGCACCGAUCGGAGGCGAUUUUCCAGCAGUUCAGAAGCAGAAUGAUGUACACAGGGCCUUCAAGAGGGAGUUGAAAACGAAAGAACCUGUAAUCAUGAGUACUCUUGAGACUGUACGAAUAUUUCUGACAGAGCAGCCUUUAGAAGGACUAGAGAAACUCUACCAGGAGCCCAGAGAGCUGCCUCCUGAGGAGAGAGCCCAGAAUGUCACACGGCUCCUGCGAAAGCAGGCUGAGGAGGUCAACACCGAGUGGGAAAAACUGAACCUGCACUCUGCAGACUGGCAGAGAAAAAUAGAUGAGGCCCUCGAAAGACUCCAGGAGCUUCAGGAAGCAACCGAUGAGCUUGACCUCAAGCUGCGUCAGGCUGAGGUGAUCAAGGGCUCCUGGCAGCCUGUGGGUGACCUCCUCAUUGACUCUCUCCAAGAUCACCUUGAAAAAGUCAAGGUGCUUCGAGGAGAAAUUACACCUCUGAAAGAGAAUGUCAGCUACGUCAAUGACCUUGCUCGCCAACUCACUACGUUGGGCAUUCAGCUGUCACCAUAUAACCUCAGCACUCUGGAAGACCUGAACACCAGAUGGAAGCUUCUGCAGGUGGCCGUUGAGGACCGCAUCAGGCAGCUGCACGAAGCCCACCGGGACUUUGGCCCCGCGUCCCAGCACUUCCUUUCCACUUCUGUCCAGGGUCCCUGGGAGAGAGCCAUCUCGCCAAACAAAGUGCCCUACUAUAUCAACCACGAGACCCAAACGACUUGCUGGGACCAUCCCAAAAUGACAGAGCUCUACCAAUCUUUAGCCGACCUGAAUAAUGUCAGGUUCUCAGCUUAUAGGACCGCCAUGAAGCUCCGAAGACUGCAGAAGGCCCUUUGCUUGGAUCUCUUGAGCCUGUCAGCUGCGUGCGAUGCCUUGGACCAGCACCACCUCAAGCAAAAUGACCAGCCCAUGGACAUCCUGCAGGUCAUAAAUUGUCUGACCACUCUCUAUGAUCGCCUGGAACAAGAGCACAACAAUCUGGUCAACGUCCCUCUCUGCGUGGAUAUGUGUCUCAAUUGGCUGCUGAAUGUCUACGACACGGGACGAACCGGGAGGAUCCGGGUCCUGUCUUUUAAGACUGGCAUCAUUUCUCUGUGUAAAGCGCAUUUGGAAGACAAGUACAGAUACCUUUUCAAGCAAGUGGCAAGCUCCACAGGAUUUUGUGACCAGCGCAGGCUGGGCCUCCUCCUGCACGACUCUAUCCAGAUCCCGAGGCAGUUGGGUGAAGUCGCAUCCUUCGGGGGCAGUAACAUCGAGCCGAGUGUCAGAAGCUGCUUCCAGUUUGUGAGUUACCUUCUUAAGUCGCAGGGUCAGAGAUUUAUGCCCUGCUGGUGUCCCGUCCCCGGCGCAACGCGUGGCUUGUCCGUUCGCCUUCUUACCCUGCCCCGUUUCUCUUCCACAUCCCAGUCAGUGCCCCCCCAAACCCUUUCUUCCUCCCAAGUGGCCAAGAACUCCCCUGAUACUGAGGUGGUUUGCAUUUUCGCCACGGUCGGUGAUGCUGCGGUGAACCUCUUUAUGCAUUCCGCUGUUUCCCUUGAUGGAAGUGAAAUAACAGGCGUUUUCUUUGGCUCCCUGCUGGAAUAUGAGAUAACCCCACGGGAGCACGGGGGGCUUGGGGUUGACGUCUGGGACCUGGCAGGCUUGUCCUCAGCCAGGUGCUCUGGCAGUCACCUUGCCUUUCACUGUGCACCGUGCAUGAAAAUGCGCGGUCUGCCGCGGCGAAGGAGACCACGAGUGAAGAUGCCCUUUGCCCUUUGUUUGAAGCGUGGGGACCUUGGGACUGUGCCAGGCUGGUUCUUAGAGCAAGGCUGUGCUCCAAGGCCUGUUUUCUACCCACCUAAGGACAUAGCAGUAAAGUACUUAACUUCUACGAAUGCAUUCCUUGUAUCGCAGAAAGAGAAGAUGGCUGUCCGUAGGUCAGUGCAGAAUUUUGUUGGAGAUUUAAGCAGCUGGGCAUUGUCUCGGAUGCUAAAUGUUCUGAACGGAGAAGGCAGAACAGGAAAUGGAUCACCGCGCUCAUUUCAAAGCUUGGUCGUUCCCAGCAAAGAUUGCCUGGUCUUCGGGGAAAUUCUGUAUGAGUUACAGCCUAAAUCGUUCGUGCUGCUUAAGCCUGUUUCUUGUUGUUCUGUCCUCAGUGGAGGGAUCGAACAGCUGGUCGCAGGCCCCUAUGCAAGAGCCAUUCACAUAAUUGAAAACUGUCUUUCAAACCCUUUAAUUAUCCUUGUGCCUUUCUGCCAAGCCUUGUCUAAGUUCUGGGUCAGCUGUAGCCACCAGAACUCGACAGCAUUUUCUAAGAAGGGUUUGAACAGUUCUGAGGGGUGUGUUUUUGUUUUUGUUUUAACCAGGUACAGGAGUCUGAAGCACUUUAACUAUGACAUCUGCCAAAGUUGCUUUUUUUCUGGUCGAGUUGCAAAAGGCCAUAAAAUGCACUAUCCCAUGGUGGAAUACUGCACUCCGACUACGUCGGGAGAAGAUGUUCGUGACUUUGCCAAGGUACUAAAAAACAAAUUUCGAACCAAAAGGUAUUUUGCGAAGCAUCCCCGAAUGGGCUACCUGCCUGUGCAGACUGUCUUAGAGGGGGACAACAUGGAAACUCCUGUUACUCUGAUCAACUUCUGGCCGGUAGAUUCUGCGCCCGCCUCGUCCCCUCAGCUUUCACACGAUGAUACUCAUUCACGCAUUGAACAUUAUGCUAGCAGGCUAGCAGAAAUGGAAAACAGCAAUGGAUCUUAUCUAAAUGAUAGCAUCUCUCCUAAUGAGAGCAUAGAUGAUGAACAUUUGUUAAUCCAGCAUUACUGCCAAAGUUUGAACCAGGACUCCCCCCUGAGCCAGCCUCGUAGUCCUGCCCAGAUCUUGAUUUCCUUAGAGAGUGAGGAAAGAGGGGAGCUAGAGAGAAUCCUAGCAGAUCUUGAGGAAGAAAACAGGAACCUGCAAGCCGAGUAUGACCGUCUCAAGCAGCAGCACGAGCAUAAAGGCCUGUCCCCACUGCCGUCCCCUCCCGAGAUGAUGCCCACUUCUCCCCAGAGUCCCCGGGACGCCGAGCUCAUUGCCGAGGCCAAGCUCCUGCGUCAGCACAAGGGCCGCCUGGAGGCCAGGAUGCAGAUCCUAGAAGACCACAACAAGCAGCUGGAGUCGCAGUUACAGCGGCUCCGGCAGCUGCUGGAGCAACCCCAGGCCGAGGCCAAGGUGAAUGGUACAACGGUGUCUUCUCCUUCUACCUCUCUUCAGAGGUCAGACAGCAGUCAGCCCAUGCUGCUCCGGGUGGUUGGCAGUCAGACUUCGGAAUCCAUGGGCGAGGAAGACCUGCUCAGUCCUCCCCAGGACACAAGCACAGGGUUAGAGGAAGUGAUGGAACAGCUCAACAACUCCUUCCCUAGUUCCAGAGGAAGAAAUACCCCUGGGAAGCCAAUGAGAGAGGACACAAUGUAGGAAGCCUUUUCCACUUGGCAGAUGAUUUGGGCAGAGCGAUGGAGUCCUUAGUGUCAGUCAUGACAGAUGAAGAAGGGGCAGAAUAAAUGUUUUACAACUCCUGAUUCCCGCAUGGUUUUUAUAAUAUUCAUACAACAAAGAGGAUUAGACAGUAAGAGUUUACAAGAAAAAAAAAAUCUAUAUUUUUGUGAAGGGUAGUGGUACUAUACUGUAGAUUUCAGUAGUUUCUAAGUCUGUUAUUGUUUUGUUAACAAUGGCAGGUUUUACACGUCUAUGCAAUUGUACAAAAAAGUUAUAAGAAAACUACAUGUAAAAUCUUGAUAGCUAAAUAACUUGCCAUUUCUUUAUAUGGAACGCAUUUUGGGUUGUUUAAAAAUUUAUAACAGUUAUAAAGAAAGAUUGUAAACUAAAGUGUGCUUUAUAAAAAAAAAAGUUGUUUAUAAAAACCCCUAAAAACAGACACACACACACACACACACACACACACACACACACACUUGGAGGCAGCGCAUUGUUUUGCAUCGUUUUAGCGUGAUAUCCAUAUGAAAUCCAUGUUUUCUUUUCUUGCAUAUUAAAGAUAGGACACUUCCUCUAACACCACCAGAUGAUUACUUCACAGUGCUCUUUUUGGAAUCGCUGGCCAAGUGGGACUGGCUGUGGUUUUUCGCUUCCUGCAUCUAUAUGUCUAGAAGUAUGUAAAUACUGUAGGGAUAUAGAUCUGAAUUUCUGGAGAUCUUUGAAAUUUCUUGUUCAAAUGACCUGGCCACUUCCUAAUGCAAAGAGAUUGCCUCUGGUCCCGCAGGCUUACCUGCUUGGUCUAGAAUGAAUUCUCCCUGGAGCCUGAAACCAGGGGGCAGCUACCACACUGAAACACUGUCUGGGGCCCCAGAUGUUUCUCAUUUGCAACUUUCCACUGACAGCGACGGUACCGAAUUUUUGCAAAGGGACAUGUGAAUGAAUACACAGGACUUACUGUGUCCGAGUGAUCCGUUAGCUGAUACAUUCAGCUUCCGGCCACUGGCAAGGCCACCAUCUACAUUGAAUGAUGCUUCAGCGCAAGUCACGACAUCAGAAGAUAUUUUUCACUCGCAGACAGUAGGCAAUCCUUCUGGUAGGGCUGGAAGGCAGUGGAUUGCCAGCCGAUCCCUGCGAGGGAGGGAGGCCACUCUUGAAGUAAAGGGCUGGAUGAACGUUCCUAACCACACUGAGAGAUCUUGGUAAAUACAACGAAUUCCCUCUGCCCUCUUCCCACAAACAGCAGUGGUUAUUUUAGGGUUUUUUUUUUCUUUUUUUUUUUUUUAAGGACUUUCCCCAUUGCAGUGAGUUUUUAAAUGCCACAAGACUUCAUUUAAAAUAACCCUCGGGAAAAUGUGUAAGACAGCCUCAUCACGGUGUGUUACUGUUAAAUAUCCACCCACAAGCCCAUGAACUUGGUUGCCCUACUUCACAUUUCUCUACAAGCAAUUCCACGCAGGUUUGUAAGGGGGAACGGAGACGGAUUCGCGUGUUCCGAAAAGUACUCCAAACCCUUGGCUGGUGGAUGAGGAAGGUUAACGAUACAAAGAUUGUUCAAAAAGAAUAACCCAAGAGGACUAACUGGUAGGAACAAGCUUUACUCUUUCGUGUUCUUAGCCUUUCAUUUUUUUUUUAAUCAUUCAUUCAAUAGAAAUCACCAUGUGACCUAUUAUUUUGCAAAUCUGUUACCUCUUAGGUCAAGUGUUAACUUUUGGGGAGUGGGUUUUGUGUAUUAUUUUAUUAAUGAUAAUUAACAUCCAACAUGGCUUCUCAUGCUAUUUCUACCUCACUUUGGUUUUGGGGUGUUCCUAAUAAUCGUGCACACAUGCUUUCACCCACUUGUCUCCUGUGUCAACAUUUUUCUCGAUUUUUCCCCCCAUUGUAACUUCCACAAGAAAACCCAAAGCUCUAAGGUAACAAAACGACCUGAAGAUUCGGUUUUAGUCUUGCAUCUUUUCCUUUAUGUGACACUGGACUUUUUCCUUCACCCACAAGUUUGGUUUUUUUGUUUGUGUGUUUGUUUAACCAUGAUUAAAAACAAGGGGUUGUGUUCCUUCCUACUAAGCGGUUUUAAGUUUCCUUCUAAAAGCAGAGGUAAAUAGAGUGCAUAAUUUUAUUUUAAUCUUUUUGUUUUAUCUUUUAGACAUUAGUUCUGGAGUGAGUCUGUCAAAAUAUUUGAAUAAAAAUUGAGAGCUUUACUGCUACAUUUUAAGCAUAA